UGGCGUCCCACUUUCCCAGGCAUGGCAGAGGCUUAGGUGCCUGGAGAGGAGCAAGGCCAGGCACUCACCGUGACGUGGGGAUCCUGCCUCAGAGGAAAAAGUUCUCCUGAUUCAUCAAAGAAAAUGACCUACUCCCAUCACCGUGAUGAGAAUCCUGUAGUCUCAGGAACUGAAGUCUUUGAACCGCCAACCACCCUCUGCACUUAGGAUGAGACCUUGUGUUAGAAGGAUCAUGGCAGAUCACCUUGACCUUCUCAUAGGAGUGAUCUUCGUGGUCAGUCCUGUGCUGGGACUCUCUCCCUGCUCCUGUGAGGGCCCGAUAGCCUUAUUUCGCUUCUGCAACCUCAGCCAGAUUCCCCCGGUCCUCAACACCACUGAGAACCUCCUGCUUAGCUUCAACUACAUCAGUAUGGUCAAUGCCACGUCAUUCCCCUUCCUGGAGCAGCUCCGGCUUCUGGAGCUGGGGACCCAGUUUACACCCUUGACUAUUGGCCAGGAAGCCUUCAGAAACCUUCCUAAUCUUAGGAUCUUGGACCUGGGCCAGAACAAGAUCAAAGUCUUACAUCCAGAUGCCUUUCAAGGACUGUCCCAUCUUUUUGAACUUCGACUGUUUUCCUGUGGUCUCUCCGAUGCUGUGUUAAGCAAUGAUUAUUUCCGAAAUCUCGACUCUUUAGCCCACUUGGACCUAUCCAAAAACCAAAUUCAUAGCCUUUGCCUUAAUUCUUCAUUUCAGGAAUUGAAUUCCUUAAAGUCUAUAGAUUUUUCUUUCAAUCAAAUAUUCACCAUCUGUAAUGAGGAGCUCCAGCCUCUGCAAGGGAAAACACUCUCUUUUUUCGGCCUCAAGUCAACAAGCUUGUUCAGCAGGGUCUCUGUGGACUGGGGGGGAUGCAAGAACCCGUUCAAAGGCAUAUGGCUAGAAACGCUUGAUCUUUCUAGCAAUGGCUGGACCGCGGCUAUCACAGGGAACUUCAGCAAGACCAUCGAGGGAAGCCAGAUUUCAUCUUUGAUUCUUACGUACCACAUAAUGGGCUCUGGGUUUGGCUUCCAGAACAUAAAAGAUCCUGACCAGAACACAUUUGCCGGCCUGGCUAAAAGUUUGGUGGCAUACCUGGACCUUUCACAUGGGUUCAUCUUCUCUUUGAAUUCUCUAGUGUUUGAGAAACUGAAGGACUUGAGGUUUCUGAACCUUGCCUCCAACAAGAUAAACAAGAUCGCAGAUAAUGCAUUUAAUGGGCUUGACAGCCUCCAGUUUCUCAAUAUGUCAUGUAAUCUUUUGGGGGAACUUUAUAAUUCCAACUUCAAUGGGCUACCUAGCAUAGAAUACAUUGAUCUUCAAAAGAAUCAUAUCGGGAUCAUUCAAGACCAAACAUUUAGAUUGCUGAAAAAACUACAAACUCUGGAUCUCCGGGAUAAUGCUCUUAAAACCAUUAAUUUUAUUCCAAGCAUACCAACUGUCCUUUUGGGUGGCAAUAAACUGGUCACUUUGCCACAUAUCAGCUUUACAGCCAAUUUAAUCCACUUAUCAGAGAACAGGUUAGAAAGCCUGGCUGACCUCUACUUCCUCCUCCGAGUCCCACAGCUCCAGUUUCUCAUUCUAAAUCAGAACCGCCUUUCCUCCUGUAACCCAGGUCAGACCCCGUCGGAGAACCUCAGCUUAGAAGAACUCUUCCUUGCAGAAAACAUGCUGCAGCUUGCCUGGGAGAACGGCCUCUGUUGGGAUGUUUUUAAGGGGCUUUCUCGCCUUCAAAAACUGUAUCUGAAUAAUAACUACCUUAAUUUCCUUCCACCUGGAGUAUUUAGCGAGUUGGUCGCAUUAAGGGAACUCAGCCUGAGUGAUAACAGGCUGACAGUUCUUUCUCCUGGCAGUUUACCUGCUAAUUUAGAGAUUCUAGCUGUAUCUAGAAACCAGCUCUUUUCUCCUGAUCCUAGUUUAUUUGCUUCACUUAGAGCCUUGGACAUAACUCACAACAAGUUCAUCUGUGAAUGUGAGCUUAGCACUUUUAUCAUUUGGCUCAACCAAACUAAUGUUAGCAUGUUUGGCUCUCCUGCAGAAAUAUACUGCAUGUACCCCAACUCACUGCUAGGGGGCUCCCUCUACAACAUUUCCACAGAGGACUGUGAUGAAGAGAAAGUCUUACAGAACCUCAAGUUUUCCCUCUUCAUCUUAUGUGUGGUCACUUUGACUCUGUCCCUAGUUGCCACCUUUGUAGUCCUGAAGUUCCGGGGGUUUUGUUUCAUGUGCUAUAAGACCAUUCAGAGGCUGGUGUUCAAGGACAAGGUCCAGGGAUCGGACCCUGGUACAUACAAAUAUGAUGCCUAUUUUUGCUUCAGUAGCAAAGACUUUGCAUGGGCACAGAAUGCUUUGCUCAAACAUCUGGAUGCCCAGUACAGUGACCGAAACAGGCUCAGGCUGUGCUUUGAAGAAAGAGACUUCAUCCCAGGGGAAAACCACAUUUCCAACAUCCACACUGCCAUCUGGAGCAGCAGAAAAACUGUUUGUCUGGUGAGCAGACACUUCCUUAAGGAUGGCUGGUGCCUCGAAGCCUUCAGUUAUGCCCAGAGCCGGUGUCUGUCUGACCUCAGUAGUGCUCUCAUUGUCGUGGUGGUGGGGUCCAUGUCCCAAUAUCAGCUGAUGAGACAUAAGACUGUUAGAGGGUUCCUACAGAAGCAGCCAUACUUACGGUGGCCUGCGGACCUUCAGGAUGUUGGCUGGUUUCUCCAUAGACUAUCCAAAUGUAUACUAAAAAAAGAAAAAGGGAAGGAGGAAAACAGUCACAUUCAGUUACAAACCAUAACAACCAUUUCCUAGUCAAAGGGGCAGUUUGCAACUGUCACAAAUAACUCUUCCCGCUGUACAUGCACAAAGUUACUGUUUGGGGUCCUUCCGAGGGGUCGUUUUCUGACUAUGAAAACAGCAUCCAUCACUUGAUUUUCAUGUCAACCCAGUGUUUUGUCUCGCUGACCUCCAAAUAGAAAAUAAUAGAUCUAGAAAAUUGCAAGUGCCUCUAGAGGUUCCCACUUACCAUUGAUUUCCUUUCAGAACCAAUAACACUAUUCCCUCCUGUCUUACUGAGUACCACCUGCCUCCUAGAUGGUAAGGGCACCUUGGGAGAAGCCGCAGUGCCUUCAAGCUCUCUGUGGUGUUCAAUUCAAGAAUGGGCUGUUCAGUAAUCACAAGUUCUUUGCUUUCUGCAGAACACUACAUAGGACACAAGUAGCCAAAUCAAGUUCCCGUCUCUGGCCACACAAUCAAGGCCAGAGCUGGAAGUUGGUCUCACUCCAUCUUAGGAAUGAGAUGACACCAAAGAAGCUGAGUGCCAACAGCCCCAUCACUGUGACCAUAAAGCAGUUCCUCUUUUGUGACCUUUCAUCCAAGUCCAGCUGUUGUGGGCAAUGACCAGCUUUUGCAUGUGACCUUCAAUCUAGUACUGAUGACCUUCUGUGAUUUAACACUAACCUGCCUUUGUACUUUCCUCCUUAGAACACCCCAUAUAUCAGCUACACAAUUGUAGAAAAAAUGUGGACUUUACACACUAACUGCAUGUUGAAUUCUGAUUGAACUGCUUAUUAGCUAUGGAACUCCAGCGUGCUAUGCCCUGGAUGUACCCCAGUGUUCUCAUCUGUAAGCUUAACAAUAUCUACCUCAUAAAGAUGCUGUGAAAGUUCACUGGCCACAGAUGUCAGGGCUUCUCUGAUAUUUUCUUUGGUUGCCCUUAAUGACCAUAAGAGACAACAUCUGUUGAAAUGUCUUUGGAGGUAAUUGUGAUUUCUUUGAAUUUGCAGUGUUUUUUUAACUUUAUUAUUUUAUGUGUAUGAGUGUAUUGCCUGCAU